AAAUCAGAUUGUAGUCGCUAUAUGUAGUGUCUACGUCUCCGUAUGUGUAUGUAUACGUAUUACUCAAAUACUCGAUAAAGGCUUUUGUUUACCAAUUACUCCGGCAACCGAAGGAAAUUAUAAUGAGUGACGAUGAUCGAGACAUCGACAUUGAGAGCGAUGAAGGUGACGAUUCCGACUCUAGGCAGAGACAUUCGAAUAACACUCAAUAUUAUUCUCAAGCAGAAAAACGAGCACACCAUAAUGCAUUAGAACGUAAGCGUAGAGAUCAUAUUAAGGAUAGUUUCUCAAGUUUACGAGAUUCUGUACCAGCAUUGCAAAGUGAGAAAGUUGUAAGUAGAGCACAAAUACUGAAAAAGGCUGCUGAAUAUAUACAAUUCAUGCGUCGUAAGAAUUCUUCUCAUCAACAAGACAUAGAUGACCUGAAAAGACAAAACAGUCUUCUAGAGUCCCAAAGAUUGUUUACAGUUCGAGCUCUGGAGAAAGCAAAAAUUACAGGCAACUUCGCAGCUGAAACUUGCGAAGUUACAAAGUCAGAAGGUGUACCGAUGUCAGGAUAUAAUGAUACAGAAUCUGAGUCUUCAGACAGUGAAGCAAGCAGAACUGUGCGUCAAUCGAAAAAGCUAAAAGUUGGAGGUCUCCAUCAUUGACCAAUGGUUUGACCCAAGCUUUGUUGUCUUAAAAACUUAUUUUCUCAUGACAACCGAAUUCUAUAUAAAUAUUUAUUCCCCCUGCCCCCAUAAAAAAAAAAAUGAAACAUGAGGACAUUUGUUCACUGAAAAUCAAAGGGUAGAUCAAUGUUUCAGUGAAGUAUUAAAUGUCUUAGAGCCAGUGUACAAAAGCGUACAAAGUGUAGGUAGCGUUAUGCUUAUUCAAAGAUUGAUAUAAAAGAAGAAUACAUUGUGACUCACACUUUGGGACAGCCUUUUAAAGUAUUGAAUUUAUAAAUUUGUAGCUGUAACAAAUUUGAACUUGUUUAGCGUUGGUUUGUCGAGACCGAUUAAUCAUUUCCUAGAAUUAAUAUUGUAUAAUAAUAUUAUCAGAUUCUGUUAUAUUUUAGAUUAUUGGUAAUAUAAUGUUAUUUUUGUAAUUUCGUUUCAAGUGACUGUAUCGAUUCCAUAAUAUUCCGACGGUUACUAUUUUCAAAGGAAACUUUUUAGUUGUUUUUUUUUAUAGUUAUCCAUCCAACUACGUAAAUAGUGCUUAUCACAAAUCUUUCAACACUAUAAUUAUUUCGUCGACUAAAUAUAUGUGCUCAAUUGCAAUACGAAAUUUUUGAACUUAUUUUAUCGUUUAAAUAAGAGUUUAAUUAUAUUGAUAAAAAUUUUAAUAUUGUAAGGAUAAUAAAAAUUCAAAAAAGAGUU